AUGGUAUGCCGGCACGAUCCGCGGAUAUCACCGGAAGGCGGUUACCUCGUCAGAGGAUGUCAUAAACCGUUCUUCCCACGGGUCGUAGAAGACAUAAUCGCCCGAGUUGGGUGCCGUCCUCCCCGGAGCGAGGUCCACGCGAAGCGUGCCCCGAGAACUCUGCUCGGCAGGAACUUGCGACCACUCGAUACUGGAGAUCAGGUCGAUGAGAUGACGUACCUCUUCAUAGUUGGAGGAUGA